AAGAUCUGAUUCUUGUGGUGUUUGUUGGGUCGUUACAAAAAAUAUCUCUGUUUCUCUUCUGAGUUCUGACACUCCCUCGCUACUCUCUGUCUCCUUUUUUUUCAAAUUCUUUGUUUGGUUUUUUUGAAUUCGCAAUCUGAUCUUUGCGAUCUUCUCCUCUCCAACUCCUAGUCCUAGCAGACUAUUUUAUCUGGCUGAUUUUUUUGAAACUCCACCCCGAUCUGCCGUUCGAUCCAGACAUCCCAACCGAGAUCUCCGAUUCAGAAGCCAUGAAAAGCAAGUUCACAUCCAAAUAUGCAACUGAAGAAGAGAUCAGCAGCAGCAGCAGCAACGAGAAGAAGAGUUGCGCCAUUUGCGGUACUAGCAAAACCCCUCUUUGGCGAAGCGGUCCCACCGGUCCCAAGUCGCUAUGUAACGCAUGCGGGAUCAGGAACAAGAAGAAGAAAAGUACUGUGAAGAAUAAGAAGAAGAAUCACACUAGGAGUAAUCCAAAGCUCGGUGACUCGUUGAAGGAGAGACUGUUGGAGUUAGGGAGAGAAGUGAUGAUGCAGCGAUCCACGGCUGGAGGAGAUCAACGGCGGAAGAAGCUCGGCGAGGAAGAGCAAGCUGCCGUGCUGCUCAUGGCUCUCUCUUAUGCCUCUUCUGUUUAUGCUUAAUAAUUAAUUAAUUUCAGUAUAUUUUUCGAAAUCCGGGAGUAUUAGCUAACGAGUUAGUUUGGGAUUCUUGUUUAAUUUACUUAAUUUAUCUGAAUUUUUUUCUGUGUUUGGUUUAUGUGAUAUGUAGUAGAAAAACCGAGAGAUCAAGAAACAAGAUGAUUUUUCAGUCUUA